AUGUCUCUGAGGAGGAAACUGAGUUGCCUGUGGACCUUAGGUCUGUAUCUGGUAACCACUGAAUCUCUCAAAGUCCCAUCUAUCUCAGACCCUCACUUUAUAGACGAGUGCACCAGAACCCACAACGAAUGGCGGGGCAGAGUGAGGCCCCCCGCAGCCGAUAUGAAAUACAUGAUUUGGGACGAUGGUUUAGCAAGGAUGGCUAAAGCAUGGGCAAACAAGUGCCAAUUUAAACAUAACACCUGUUUAAAAAAACCAUUUGAAUGCAAUGAAGAUUAUCAAUUUGUUGGAGAAAAUAUCUGGUUGGGUUCAUUAAAAAAAUUUUCACCAAGGGAUGCUAUUACUGCUUGGUAUAAUGAAUCAGAAUUUUAUGAUUUUGAUAGCAUAUCAUGUACUAAAGUUUGUGGCCAUUACAUACAGGUAGUUUGGGCCAGUUCACAUAAAGUUGGUUGUGCAGUUACAAUUUGCCCUAGCCUUGGGGAAGCUUCAGCUUCAAUAUUUGUCUGUAACUAUGCACCUGCAGGGAAUUUUCCAAAUCAACACCCCUACAAAAAAGGAGCAUCCUGUUCUCUGUGUUCAGAAAGAGAGAGAUGUGUAAAGAAGCUCUGCAGAAUUCCACAAAUUAUUAUGCCUGACAUUUUCAAUAAUCCAAAUGAAAAUGCAAAGGGGAAAGCACCUCAGGAGACAGCAUGCAAUCUACUGAGCAUUAGUGUGCUUCUCCAGAAAAUCUUUUAA